CCAUGCUCACUUCGCUCGCGUGGCUCCGUGGUGGCGCCACUUCCGGCUCAGAUGCUGGCGGUGCUGGCGGCAUGGGCUCUCUGAGCCCGACCUCGCUCGACCCUGCUGACUGGGCCACUCUCCGCGCCAGCGCGCAUGCAGUACUCGACGCGUCGCUGGACAAACUCGAGGCUGCGUCGGAGGGUCGCGUCUGGACGCCGGUGCCCGACGACCUAAAGGAGGCUCUGCGAGCGCCGGUACCGCCAGAAGACGGGCUUGCGCACGGAGAGCUGUGCGAGAGGCUGCUGGCGCUGCUGCCGUACGGAGCCGGCAACACACACCCGCGGUUCUUCGGCUGGGUCCACGGCAGCGGCAGCCCCGGCGGUGUGCUUCCAGAACUCGUCGGCGCCGCGAUGAAUGCCAACUGCGGCGGGCGGGACCACGUCGGGAUCUACGUCGAGCGGCAGGUGCUGACGUGGUGCAAGGAGAUGAUGGGGUUCCCAGCCUCGGCCGGCGGGCUCCUCGUCAGCGGGACCAGCAUGGCGACCGUCCUCGCGCUCAAGGCGGCUCGCGACGCGCGGCUUGGCUUUGACGCGAGCCGUGAGGGCGGCCUUGCCGGCGGGUCAACUCGCCUCGUGGGCUAUGCGGCGCAGGGGACGCACUCUUGCAUCAAGCGCGCGCCCGCUCUCACGCUCGUCGGCUCGGACGCCGACGACGAGGUGAUGCCCGCUCAGCGCGCGCAGAUCAUGAUCACGACCACGCUCUCGAUCGUCAUUGGGACCAACCUCCUGCUGGCACCCGCUACCGCCCCCCUCAUCCGCGCGCUCAAGCUCAGCCGCGCCGCGCCGCCCGCACACGAGGCGGGGUCGGGCCUAGGGUCGACUGGGCUCGUGCCGCUGCUAGGCAGCUCAGAGCUCACCCUUCCCGACCACGGCUCGCAACGGGAGCUAUGCGCCCCUCUCACCAGCCCAAUCCACGGGGCCUGGCGCAUCCUGGACCAGUACUACAUGAAACCGCUCUUUGGCGGCCGGCCAGAUCGCGGGCCCACCCCGCCAACCUCCGUCUCAGGGCGAGUGUCGCCCUGA